UGCGUUCAGUUAGUUUCCUGCGCGAGUCCAGUCAAGGGCGCGAGACACAGAAACGCUUUCUUCUUUAUUAAGGCCAAACGAGGUGACGGGCGCAUGCAGGAGCAGCAUGGGAAGAUCACACCUGGCUGUCAGGAUGAGACUAAGACGGCAUAAAGUCUUCCUGUUGUGCUUACUGGGGAUUUGUGUCAUUUCCUUCCUUCAUUACUACAAAGCCCUGCACAUUUCACUGCUGCAGGAGCUCUCUGCUCCUUCCACCCAUCUGAAGUCUCUGAAGAUCUUCAGUGAUAUCUUCUGGAAUUUUCCGGCUGCUGACUUCCAACCCCAGCAAGACUUUCACAAACACAGCCCACUGAAGGUCAAUGUCGACUCAAAUUUGAUCCUGAAAGAUCCUCCAGAUAGGAAACUUCACGAGCGUACUUUUGUACUCCGGGAUGAUACCACAGCCUUCCUCAUUCACACCAAAACCGGAGCAGUGUGCUUUAGAGAGGGGAUUGAUAUGGCCGCCUCUGCAUCUCACCACAGGUUACUGCAACAUCACAGAGAAAUCAAGUCUAAAGAUGAAGCAAUCAACGCAGACAAGAAGGUGGUUCAGUGUCCCUGCCGGCAGGGCUGGCACGGGCCGCACUGUGGCAUCCCUACCAUCGUGUAUCAUUCCAAUCUCCCGUCCAAGUCAAAAGUAACACCCAGAAAGGUUCCACGUCGGGUCAUCAAUGCCAUCAACAUCAACCAUGAGUUUGACCUACUACACGCUCGAUUCCACGAACUUGGAGAUGUCGUGGAUGUGUUUUUGGUCUGCGAAUCCAAUUUCACUGCAUACGGUGACUCAAGAACUCUUUUAUUCCACCAGAUGAUCCUAAACGGGACGUUUGACUACAUAAAGCACAAAAUCCUGUACAUCUUCCUGGACCAUUUUCCUGAUGGCGGUCGCACAGACGGCUGGAUCGCGGAUGAUUACCUCCGAACGUAUUUAACUAAAAACGGAAUGUCGAGGCUUGAGGGCCUCAAAGCAGAUGAUGUUUUCGUCAUCGAUGACGCGGAUGAAAUUCCUGCUCGAGAUGGAAUUCUUUUCCUCAAGCUCUACAACGGCUGGACGGAACCAGUCGGGAUACACAUGCGCAAAUCCCUAUACGGAUUCUACUGGAGGCAGUUCGGAACGCUGAACGUUUUAUCUGCUUGCACGGCAGCUAUGCUCUUUAAGGUUUACAAGGGUGAUGGCAUUUAUCUCCGGCGCCGGUCAUAUUAUUCCAUGUCGGGAUUCCGGGAAUACGAGAACUCCACGAGACGCAUUCUGGUGCCGUGGGCCAUCGGAAGUCCAGUUCACUAUGCUGGGUGGCAUUGUUCUUGGUGUUUUAAACCAGAAGGGAUUUAUUAUAAACUCAUAUCGGCCCAAAAUGGAGACUUCCCACGUUGGGGCGAUUACAGCGAGAAACGGAAGAUGAGUUAUAUUAAAGAGUUAAUACGGACAGGGGGUUGGUUUGAUGGGUCUGCUCCAGACUACCCACCCUCAGACCCCAAAGAGCAUAUGUAUGCUCCCAAAUACCUGCUGGACAACUAUGAAAAAUAUCGCUACUUGCUCGAGAACCCAUAUGCAACAGAUAAACGUUAAGAGAAAUGGGUCAAGUUUUAAAGGGGUCAUAUGAUGCUGCUAAAAAGAACAUGAUUUUGGGAGUAUUUGGUGUAAUGUGAAAUG